ACACACAUUUGAAGGCAGCCAUGUUCAACAGACCACAAGUGACUCUCCCCCUCCACCUCGUCACUAGAGAGGAGUGGGGGGCGAAGCCUGCUAAAUUCACCCACGAUAUGCAACAUCAGCCAGUACACCACUAUGUGGUAGAGUACGCUGCAAGACGGCCUUGUUAUCAGCCCAACGAUGGUUCCUUGAUUGACAUCAUGAAGAAGAUGCAAAAAAACCACAUGGCUGACAAGGACUGUCCAGAUAUUAAAUACAAUUUUGUUGUUGGAUACGAUGGCAUGGUCUAUGAGGGGAGAGGGUGGAUGUUACAACCAACACUUCCAGAUAAAUAUUGGAAAAUAAAACACAUGUGUGUAUUCAUUGGUUGGAUUGGUAAAUUUACAAGUGCAAUUGAAGCAAAAGAAAUUACUCCACCGAAGAAUGUUGUGGACGUCCGAAGGAAUUUGAUGCACAUCGGGAUGGAGAGGAGACAUAUCAGUCAUAUACUUAGAGUAUUCUUCAUAAAGCAAGGCAAUCACAAAAGAAAAGGUGACUUCUCACCGGAUUGGGAAUAAUCAUAUCUAUAAAUAUAAAUUUCCUUUUUGGUCUAUAGUAAAUUAAUUUUGAUUCACAAGACUAUUUUAAAG